AUGCAAGCCAGUGCUGCAGUGCACGUCCCCAUUGAAGGCUUCUGUCCAAUCAGCGUACGGCUAAACCUGCAGCUUUUGAAGAGGAAAAAAAAAUAUCGCAUCAUUCCUGACCGGCACGACCCCAGCAGGGCCGGCGGGCAGGUACCUGGUACCUCAUCCGACCGAAGGCGACGUCAAUGGAUGAGGCGAGAACCUUGAAUCACUCACACAGCCGUGAAGCCGCAAAAACUUUUCAGUGUUUGAUUUCCUAGCCUCUAGCCUGCCUGCCCCGCGGUGAAAGCCAGUUCCAGGUCCCACUCAAAGCGCACCCUGCUGCUACUGUUUCUCUUCCAACGACAAUCUCACCUGCAUCCAUCCAUCUGGCCCCCCAUUUACACGCCUCGCCAUGACUCCCCUGUGAUGACCUCCCGUCUUCCUCUCUUCUCUUCUUCUUUUCUGUCAUCUCUUCCUGUCUGCAGUAGACUCUCUCCGCUCUUGGUGGCACUCUAUUCACUGUAGGCUUCCUUUCAGCGAGCCUAACCGCCUACCCUCGGCAUUCUUUGUUGAACAAGCCCCCAGAUCCUGGCAUCAAAACUUCUUCGGGCAACACGAGGACCCUUGAAGGCUUUGGAGAGUUUGACCCUUCAGAAGCUUAUCAUUUGCCGGUCCUCUGCCAGCAUAACCACAUUUGCAAAAGACUUUUACACCGCCCAUUGUCUUCUGCUUCUCUCCGGCAGCGAUCAGUCGUCAUCAUCGACUUGCACCUGCAGCUGCCGAAAAACUUCGCUUCCCUGCCGGUCAUCGGAUCCGUUCGGUUGUCGAGCUUUUUGUCUUGUACCUCCCGCCGCUAAACCGCUUUCUUGGCCCCUCCCACAUCUCGCCAACUCCCAACUUUUCGUUGUCGGCCGUCUCCCGACACCGGUCACUCGUCGGCGAUUUCGUCGGAUCACGCCGCUCCCCUUAUACAAGCCAAUUGAGCCGUCAUCAUGGUCCGCAACAUCGUGGUUCUCGGCGGAAACUCGCACCCGGCCCUGGUCGACAGCGUCUGUAAUGCGCUCAGCUUGCCACCAUGCAACCGCAUCCUGACCAAGUUCUCUUCGGGAGAAAGCCGCUGCGAGAUCCAGGACUCGGUUCGAGGCAAGGAUGUGUACAUCAUUCAGACGGGCUUCGGGGGCAACGGCAGCAGGCUCAAUGAUCAUUUCAUGGAUCUGUGCAUCAUGAUCUCUGCCUGCAAGACAGGUUCGGCGCGUAGGGUCACGGCUGUCCUGCCCUUGUUUCCCUACUCGAGGCAGCCAGAUCUCCCAUACAACAAGGCCGGUGCGCCUCUGUUCAAGGCUGGGUCGGAGAGCGGAAAGAAGGACUAUACCUUCGACAGUGUCCCCGCUACGCCAGCCCCCGGUAUUCCAAAGACUGCCGGUCUCACCAAUGGCACUGAUAUCACGAGCAAACUGCUCAAGACCUCCUUGACCAACGGGAACGGUGUCCAGUCCCCCAUCAAACAAAACGGCGAUGGCUAUUUCCCUGCGAAUGGAGUCAACGGCACCACCACCCCAAGCCCCGUCACACGGACUGGGGCCUACACGACGCACGAUUAUGAGAACCUCUCGCACAUCGGCGCAUUCCAAGCGAAGCCUGGCUAUAAGCAGUGGGUUGCGCAGGCUGGCACGUUGGUCGCGAACCUCUUGAACUGUGCUGGUGCUGAUCAUGUCAUCACCAUGGAUUUGCACGACCCUCAAGUGCAGGGAUUCUUUGACGUGCCUGUCGACAACUUGUACGGAAGGCCUCUCCUCAAGCGGUACAUCCAGCAGCACAUCCCCAACUACAAGGAUGCCGUGAUCAUUUCCCCCGACGCAGGCGGCGCGAAGCGCGCAACAGCGAUUGCUGACAGCAUGGGCGUUGAUUUCGCCCUCAUCCACAAGGAACGCCGCCCUACUAAGAUCACGGACCGGCAAAACGCAAGCAUGAUGUUGGUGGGUGAUGUGCGGGACCGCAUCUGCAUUCUCGUCGACGACCUUCUCGAUACGGGCAACACCAUUACACGCGCUGCCAAGCUCUGCAAAAAGGAGGGUGCGACCAAGAUCUACGCCCUUCUGACCCACGGCGUCUUCAGCGGUGACGCUAUCAACCGCGUACAGGCAUCGGCCAUCGACAAGGUGGUUGUGACCAACUCGGUGCCUCAGGACAAGCACAAGGCGCUUCUUGGACCCAAGCUGGAUGUUCUGGAUAUCUCGCCCAUCUUUGCCGAGGCGAUCCGGCGCGUCCACCAUGGUGAAUCCAUCAGCGUCCUGUUUAAUCACGACUAAAUGCAUAACAAUUGGGGGGUAACCAAAAAGCAUCAUAUUACAUCAUGGGACUGGCGUUUUCUCUAUCUGUCCAUAUUUUUUUCCUUCUUUUCUUUCUCUUUAUUCCCUGGACAGUAUACACCAAAAAGACUAUUUGCAUUGGCGGCUCUCUGUAGGAUGUGUCCAUCGAGACCAUCCGUACAUGCGCGCAAAGCGACCCUCUCUGCCGUGUCCACGGGGCGGUAAUACCUGGCGUUUGGGUGGAGGUGGUUGAUCCGGGGAUUCCGGGGUAGAAACUGGCACUCUCCUUGCAAGACCUGAAAACAUGGGGCGGUUGCGUGUGCUUUUCUGAUUAGAGGUCCUGAAGAAAAGGGCAGGUUUCGGGGGGUCGUGAUCGUAACGACAAAGGUCGGUUUUGCUGAUAUUGCAAUAAACAACAAAAACGAGUGGAUUGGAUUGUCAGUUGGGUGAUCCCUGAUUGCCGCUAUGGGUAACCAGCAAUUCAAGCUCGUCGUCCCGUCAUGGGACAAAGCCAAGUAAAAAUACGGUGAGGUUUGUUCCAUCUAUACGUAACAAUCACAGGCAGUUUAUAAAUGAGAAUUGAUAUAUUACCUGAUGUAACUGAAA